AUGGCGGCGACACUUCUUGCGAGCGAUCCGCCCUGGGAACUACAGGCGGAAGCGCUUGCGGUAGUGUACCGGUUCCGGGUGGAAGCAAGGUCAAGCGGCAAUUGUCCAGGACUGGUGGAGGUAAAGCGAGUCAGGGCUCUAGCUCAGCGAGCCUUGAUUAGAAGGUGGAAGGAGGACCUGGGUUCCGCCUCGGCAGGCCUGGCGAUAGUGGAGGCUAUCCGUCCCCACUUGAGUCGCUGGGUGGAACGAAGACACGGCACGCUCUCAUUCAGGCUGACGCAGGUGCUUACCGGGCACGGCUGCUUCGGUAGGUAA